UACAGUGAAAGAUGGCCUUGAGUGACCGCUUGAUUCAAUGUUAAGUUUAAUCAGAAUAGUAUGAUUCUUUGUAAUGAAAUGAAGCAGGAUUCAAUCGAGGGAGUGGCAGCGUUAUUAUCAGAUAUCAAGUGGAAAAGCGGGAAAUGGUGUCCACGAGAUAGUGUGCCUAAGUAGAAUGAGACGAUGGUCAGACGUGGUUGCAGAAUGUAACCUUAAAGUCGAACAGCGACCGAUACAUAACUCGAGGAAGGUCAGAGCAAUUCAAAGAACGAUAAAAUAUGACGGUGACGUUAAAGAAAAUACCUUUGAAGAUGUUUUCUGUGAAGACAUCGUAUGACCACGGAUCUUACGAUGUUCGUCCGCACGGAACUUCGUAGUAUAACGCGUGCCAAUUCAUUACGUAGACUGCUCGUGGUUCGUAUCAUAAUCUCGGAUGCUUCGUAGAUCCUUUACUACUUUUUUCGUAGCAAGUCGAUGGGAAUUCGAUGACGGAGAUAGUGGAAAUGGUUCGGUUUAACACCUCGCACGGCGACGUCCACGAGCGUGUCAACGGUGUGUUAGGUGUUAUCACGAAACACGACUAGUAACGGACGAUAUGAGCACCAAAUUAGAGGUCGUCUGCAAGGUCACGUGGCUUCGAGUUUAAAGGUGCUUUUUCAAAAGGGGGGAUUCAUCGUUGGCGGGGAUUGAAACACGCACAAGGGAACACUGAAACGAUUAUCUAUGGAAGUGAUUUUGUGCCGCAAGAAAAAGUUCAGACGAUGAAUCCCGUUAAGGUUAGACGGCCUUAUGACCGACAGUGUCAUUGAUAAAAUAGAACGGACACUGCUACUUUCUGACGGAAGAGCCGCUUGAUCUACGCGCGAUCUAGCGUUAAUGGUACAACGCCGGUCGGUGGAAUUCGAUACUUUUACCGAUGAUAUCUUGAAUUUUGAAUUGUCGCCUUUAGUCGCGCGUUUUAUGUUUGAAAAAUAUUUAAAAAGUUUUAAAAACUCAUUCUCUAUCGGAACAUAAAAUCGUGGAUCUUCGAAAUGGUGAAUAAACGAGGCGGGAAUUCAAAAAAAGGUGAUACGAAUAAAAAGAAUCAAAUAAUAUUCGGCAAGGGAAAAUUCACAUUUCCAAAUAAUGAUACGUACAAAGGAGAGUAUAAGGGCCAUACAGGACAGUUCGCGAUAGUUAAACAAGGUAAAGGAGUAUACACUACUGAUAACUUUGACAUAUACGAUGGUGAGUGGAACAACGAUGCAUUUAAUGACGGUGUAAUACACAUUCGUUAUAAUAAUAAGGCCGAAUAUCGAGGUAACAUUGACUCAAAUGGGACCAUGAAUGGCUGGGGAACUUACGUGUUUCCUGAUGGAUCCUCUCUGGAAGCAAUUUGGUUUUGUAAUAUACCGUUGACAGACAUUAUUUAUAGAGAGCCUCUUGGGUACAAGUGGAUACUUGAAGAAUUGUCAAAUCAGACAAUUACGUUGUCAUCUGGAAACCAUUUCUGGGACGACAUGAUGUUAUACCUGAAUACCACUGAUUCUACCGAGACUGCAUAACAUUUUUUAAUCCUCUUUCAACAUCUGCGGAACCUCGUAUCUAUAUGUUGCAGAUUUAUAGAGAGGAUUUUGGUUCGAACUGAACACAGUUCUACUUUGUUCUAGUUGAAACUUUGCGAACUCCUGUCUGUCUUGUAUAAACGUCCAAACUCUGAGCAAUUAAAUCAUGGUCAAUAUACGCUCCGAAAUUUUACUUUUA